UGCGCUAAUGUUCCUGUGUCGCCGAAUGCCACCAUUGCGCAAAUACGUAAGAUGUACGAAACUACCUUCGAAAGCGUACAAAAUAUGAACAAUCCAUAUGAUGUUCCAUCGGUUAGUGGAAAGCCUAAGGAAGAAACUGCACUUGCUCUACAAAGCGAGACACAUGUUAGUGAGAACAAUGCCACCACCAUGACGCAUGCUGAGAACGACGUAACCGCCAUUUUGCGCAAUGAACACAAUACCGCUACGCAUGAUUCAACUAUAGCUGGAAAUCCGCAAAGCGACACACCCAAUUUAAACGAUGAGAUUGAAAUGCUAAAAAAAAAGCUUGAAAUUCUUGAGCUCAAACAACGAAUUACAGCCUUAGAAGCUCCAACCGUUCCUUUCCCGGGGCCACAUCGAUAAAUUUAGCGGUGACAAUAAUGAUCACAUCGAGCGUUGGUUCAAGGAACUGGAGCGUGCGUUUCUCCCAUACAAUAUGGAUAAUACAAUGAAGCUCCACUAUACUCGUCGAUUGCUCACUGGUACGGCUGCAAAAUUUGCAAAAUCACUAGAUUUUACAGCCUAUCAUGAAUUGAAAGAUAGUUUGAUAGAAACUUUCAGCGAAACCAAAUCGCUUGAAAAUGUAUACAAGCAGCUCAGAUCACGACAACUUGGAAGAAACGAGUCCAUCACACGGUACGUUCUAGAUAUGCAAGCCUUAGCAUGGGGAACUCCAGUACCAGAAGAAGAUCUGGUAAAUAUCAUCAUCGAUGGAAUCAAUGAUCCUAUCAACACAGCAUCUAUUCGAUUCGCUGCUCGUUCUUUAACUGAUUUGAAGCGACUAUUGAAACGGUACGAGCAAAUCCGCCCUCAACACAUUGCAACACCAUCAUCAUCAGGGACCAUCCGCCAACCAAGUAAUGUGUCAAAAACAUCGGAUAACCAGCAGGCACCCGCUGUAGUGAGAUGCUACAACUGCUCUCAAUUUGGACACUAUCAGAAUUCCUGCCCUAUGCCACGUCGACCACCAGGAUCGUGCUUUAAGUGUCAUCAGGUUGGGCAUGCUGCUCGAAACUGCCCAAUUAAAAUAAUCAUCCCAUCGGCUGCCGCGCAUUAUAAAGAUCAGGGUACAACUUUAGACGAAUUUGAACAGGAAGCCCAGUGAGCUUUAUCGACUCUUCUAUAGUUCCAAAAACUUUGGUUAAACCACCUCUGACAUCAAGAUAUCAGGGUCUCGGAAACCAGAUGCUUGUUGUCUGUGGAGAGGUGUCUUGCAAAAUAAAUCUGCGAAAGGAUGAGGCAGUACAUACAUUUAUCAUCCUCCCUAGCGAUAGUAUUGCCUGGCCUAUGAUUAUUGGUCGUGACCUAUUAAAAAAAUUCAAUAUCUUUCUGUAUAAAAACAAAUCAAAAAUUAAACUUAAUA